CAUGGGAAGAGUUGCAAUCAGGGCAAAGAGGAGACUGCCUCAAAUGUUCUGAGAACACACUUCCCUUGAGACUGAAUCUGAACUUUGGCAAGAGUAUCAUGGAAGUUGAACCAGAUGGCUGGGAGAGGGACAAGCUUGGAGAACUCUGUAUUUUAGACUGUAAAUGGCAGUGAGGGAACGCUCUUGUCCUCAAGUUUUCAUGGUCCUUUAUGUACAAAUCCGAACUGCCCAUGGGAAAGGAGCCUGGAAGAAUACAGGUGUGUAGUCUAGCAGUCUAAUGCACCUCUGCAGACAGGCACACCAAUGCAGUUGUCUAUGUCGUCAGCCCUCUGCGUCCAUGUUUUUUUCAUCUGUGGAUUCAACGAACUAUAAAUCAAAACUAUUUAGGAAAAGAAAUAUUUUCAUCUUUUCUGCAUGUGGAGGUAUUUUUUUCCUUGUCAUUCUCUUCCAAACAACGAAGUAUGACAUCUGUUUCGAUAAAUUUGCAUUGCAUUGUUACCUGGUAGAGGCGGCUUUAAAUGAACAGGACCAGGACGAGGGGUACUCAUUACACAAGCGGCUUGUGCAUUCCUGGGUUUCAGUACCACUGGAGCCUUGGAGCAACCCCUGUGGACUUACUUAGAGAUAUAUCUGCAUUUGAAAUGAAGACCUGAAAACUCCAGAUCUUUCAAGCUCUGACUCUGUAAGAACCAGGGAUCCAGAAAGGAGAAAGAUGCCACCAUUUCGUCUGAAGAGAGGCAAGAUGGCAAGUAAGAGGAAUACCUAAGGUCCUUGCCCAUGUGCUGUUUUUUUAGCUGGCCAGAGGCCUCGGGCUCCAACUGGAAUGGAGAGCCUCCCUGCCCCUUUAUUUAGGCUGCAGCUGGUCUGGGAUGCAGCGAUUCCAGGAGCUCCGGAAAACCCCUUUUAAGCCCCGCUUGCCAGCGGAAAGCGGCCACAUCUGCAUGCCAGAGCAGCACAAAAAGUUCUGGCCCUUCCAGCUGCUCGGGAUUCCCAGGUUGAACUCUUCCCGGAAACUUUGCUUCACAGCUCCUCUUGCGAAAUCAAGCGGGCCCUCCCUCUGCUCGGUGGCUGUUUAAAGGCGAGAGUCUGAAGGCAGUGCAGAGCACAGGCUGCCAACCUCGCUGUGCAUGCCCAGCAGCCAGUGCCCACCGCAGCUGCGCCUGACCAACCGCCCUCUGGGCGCUUCUCCCGCAGUAAUGGAGAAAAUGUGUGCAGAUGCGCUCCCUCUGACUAUGAAUUCCUCAGAAAAGCAAGAGAUUAUCUGCAUUUUCGGAACAGGGGAUUUUGGAAAAUCCCUGGGAUUUAAAAUGCUUCAGUGUGGUUAUUCUGUUGUUUUUGGGAGUCGAAACCCCCAGGUGUCCAGCCUUCUGCCCAGAGGAGCAGAAGUCUUGAGCUAUUCCGAUGCCGCAUCAAAGUCUGACGUCAUAAUCCUGGCCAUGCACAGAGAGCAUUAUGAGUGCCUCACAGAACUGGUUGACUCUCUCAAUGGAAAAGUAUUGGUAGAUGUCAGCAACAACCGUAAAAUCAAUCAGUAUCCAGAAUCAAAUGCUGAGUACCUUGCUCAGUUGGUGCCAGGAACCCAUGUGGUCAAAGCAUUUAACACCAUCUCAGCCUGGGCCCUCCAGUCAGGAACACUGGAUGCAAGUCGGCAGGUGUUUGUCUGUGGAAAUGAUAGCAAAGCCAAGCACAGAGUGAUGGACAUUGCUCGUACUCUUGGACUCACUCCGUUGGAUCAAGGAUCUCUCGUGGCAGCAAAUGAAAUUGAGAACUACCCUCUGCAGCUGUUUCCGAUGUGGAGGCUCCCUUUCUACUUGGCCUCUGUGCUGUGCGUCUUCUUCUUUGUGUACUGUGCUAUAUGGGAAGUGAUAUACCCCUAUGUGAAUGGGAAGACGGAUGCUACGUUCCGCCUGGUUAUUUCCAUCCCGAACCGUGUCUUUCCUAUAACAGCACUGAUCCUGCUUGCUUUGGUAUACCUCCCUGGUGUUCUUGCUGCCAUCCUGCAGCUCUACCGAGGUACAAAGUACCGCCGCUUCCCAAACUGGCUCGACCGCUGGAUGCUUUGCAGAAAGCAGCUGGGCUUGGUAGCUCUGGGAUUUGCCUUCCUUCAUGUCGUCUACACACUUGUGAUUCCUAUCCGUUACUAUGUACGAUGGAGACUGAGAAAUGGAACCAUUACACAGGCCCUGGCUAAUAAAGACAGCCCAUUUAGUACCUCUACUGCCUGGCUUAAUGAUUCCUACUUGGCGCUGGGAAUCCUGGGAUUUUUUCUCUUUCUCCUCUUGGGAAUCACGUCAUUGCCAUCAGUAAGCAACAUGGUCAACUGGAGAGAGUUCAGGUUUGUCCAGUCCAAACUGGGUUAUCUGACCCUGGUCUUGUGCACAGCCCACACUUUGGUGUAUGGUGGAAAGAGAUUCCUCAGCCCUUCGAUACUAAGGUGGAGCCUUCCUUCAGCCUAUGUCUUAGCCCUCAUCGUCCCUUGCACAGUGUUGGUGAUGAAGUUCAUCCUCAUAAUGCCGUGCAUAGACAAGACCCUCACACGUAUCCGGCAGGGCUGGGAAAGGAACUCACAGCACUCCAAAUCAGCACUGAAUGGAAAAUCAGAUAUUUAAAACAAAGUUGAAUUUGUGGAGAUUCCUAAACUAAGGUAGCAAAUGUUUAGAGACUAUAUGUAGUUAAGGAAGCAUUCUCUCUUGUCGUGGUCUCGGGUUUAUCAUCACAGGAGGAGACGUUGCCCGACUUUGACAGACUGAAACAGGAAGAGAGCAACACCCAUUGCCUCAUCUUAGGUAGUGACUCACUGCAGGCCUCGCUCACUUCCUUUCCCGGGAACCCCAGUGCUACCAUCGUGAUUAGGUUUGUAGUUUCACACUAUGAAACUUCUGAAUUAUGGGCAUGCAUGAUGCAAUGUUUUUCAAAGUGCUGGAAGAGUGUAUGCAACUUCCUUCUCUAUUUCAAGGACUGAGACAAGUGUGAAAAAAAAAAGGAACACUGGUGGCCAUCCUGAAGGUGUUGCUUGGUGUGCCUAAAGAAGAGGCCCACGUGAAGUAAAAGGAACGAGGCUUUGUUUUUUGUAAAGAGUGGUGUUCAUAAGUGUUGUCAUACUGAUCUGGAGAUGUUUUUGGUUUGGGUGUAGUGCUGAGCAUCAAACCUAGGGCCUUAUGCAUACUAUGCAAAUGCUAUGUUACUGAGCUACACUCAAGCCCUGCCAUAGUGAAUAUGUAGUCAUAUGUACCCCUUGAUUUUGUUUUUAUCAAUAUGGAUACUUACUGUGGGGAAAGAUUCUAUAACACAACAAAAAUAUCUCUGCUGGUUUAAAGUAGCCAUUCCUUGUAUAUAUAGAAAUCUAUGUCAUUCUCCCUCUACAAGGACUGGGUUGAGGAAGUCUGAGUAAGAGAGGAAAGAUCUACUGGAUUUUUUCAGUGUGCAAUAAGCAAGGGAAGGAUUGAUAAUAGCCUUGUACAAAAAUGUCAAAUAAGCCAAAAUUGUAGCUAAUAAGCUAAACAAAUACUAUAAAGAUUCCUCUUGAGUAUUAUUUAGGGAUUAUGGUAUGCAUUAUAUAUUCUAAAUACUGUUCAAUAUUAAGCACCUGUAUAUUCUAGUAUAAAGAUAAAGCUUCCAAAAUCUGUCUUUGUUAUAAUUUUGAGAGGUGAAGUCUUAAAGAAAUCAUCUGAAACUGUUGGUGAGACAAAAGCAUAGCUGAGAAAAUUGUGGAAUGCUGGGAAGAGCAGCAGCUGAUGGGCGGCAGCCAGCUCUGGCUUCCUGUGUGGAUAGUGCCUUUCCCAAGGUGACCUUUAGCAGGCUUAGCAUUCCUAGCUCUAGCCUGGAGCUAAAAGGAGAUUUUUGCACAAUCUUCCUACGUGUCACUGAAAUAACUAAAAGGCAUUGGGUUUGACAUUUUUCUGCCUAAUCUACAAAGGCUGUUUAUUUUUCAUUUUGUUGGCUUUUAUUAUCACAUAUCAUACAUGAUAUCAUACAUUGCUCACAAUCCAGAGUUUUUUAUAUAAAGCUUAUAUUAUAUAAAAAUGGACAUUUCUUUGACUAUUGCUCUAAUAGAACAUGUAGACUAUAUUCAGUUCUUACUAAAAUGACAAUUGAGGUCAUGUCUUUGUACUAACAAUAUAUUUCUAUGUUUUCAAUUAUUUCCUCAGAAUAUUUUCUAAGUGUUUAUAAUAUAAAAUUAAAGACUAUUUCAUAGCAUUUUCUGUAUUGCUAGUUUCUGAUAUGACUCUCUCAAUCCCCUUGGCACACCAUUACAGGCUUGAGAUUUUACUUCAAUUUGUGUUUUUUUUAUAAGUAACUAUAAAGAUGUGAAGGACAUGCUCCUGUAAAUUAUCUUUGAUGAACCCAUGCAAGGAUACCAAGAACUGAAGAACUCUGGGCAGAGCCAGGGAAUGGGAGACAGGCCCUGGAACAUCAGGGAAGGUGGAAAGAAACAUGGCUAAUGCCGCUUGUUGCACAGAAUAACCAGUUGUGCCAGGGCUGACCAGAGCAUUGGCUAACUAAAGCCAAAGCACCAUCAGUUUGGUCUAGGGAGGCAUUUGGAGUCAACCACAUUCCCAUUUCAGUAAGGGCCAUAAAACAAUUAAAUAAAACAGAAAAUGCCACACCUGAGUCAGGUACAUGGAGUGAAAAUAUACUAUACUCUUUGUAAUCUUUUGGAGAUGGUCUAUCUAGGUACUUAAUACAAGUAGUCACUGAGCCUGAAAUCAAAGCGAGCCCCAGUGGCUUGGGCACAAUAGUUUUGGCCAUAAUUACAAAGGUUCCCUGGGCCACCAGGAAAAAGCCACUGUUCUUCCAGCUCUCUCUCCUUCCCAACACCAUUCCCCCCGGCUCAAAACUGAACAAAUCUGACCAUGUGAACAGGUGGAGAGAAUGAAGUUAGGUCAGAUGGCAGUGGGUGUUUGGAGUGAACUGUAUUUCUGUCAGCAGAACUGUUCUGCAUAAAAAUGUUACACUGAGAAGUUAUAAUGACUGUAGCUAGAGUCUCAGCACUUGGGAGGCGGAGGCAGGAGGAUCAAGAGUUCAGAUCAGUUGGGAAGAAAAUGGAUAGAACCCUUGGAGGGAGCAAAAGAAGAAGUCUUAUCUUUUAAAGCAUAUAGGACAAAGAAAAAUGAAAUUCUCCUUUAUCAAGACAGAGCGAAAGAUAAACAUGAAAAUACAACCACAUAAUCUCCCCUCGGAAAAGACAAAAGUCGUCCAUGUCACAGCAUUUCCUCACUGCUCAUAAAAGAAGGAGGGGUGGGAAUUCAAGGUCAGCCUUGCCUACAUGUCACCUUGUCUUUAAAAA